GGCCAGCACGCACCUCAAACGGCUGUGAAAUUAAAUAUAUUGAGGACACCAACUUACCAAGAGAACAACGCAUUUGUUACAGGAGUUCCUCGUGGAGAACAUAAGGAACCAUAAGUACCUGUGGGACCAUACGAACAGCUCAUACUUGAAGAAGGGCCUGAAAAGAGCGUCAUACAAUACUAUUACGUAUGCCCUCCGAGACAGCUUCCCAGAACUUGGCAACAUUACAGCAGACCAAGUGAGAUCGGACUUACUUCAUGAAGGAGUACCGCAAGGUACAAGCAACCCCAAGCAGUUCAGCUGGCCAGUAUACAUCAAAGUGGGAGUUAUUUGAUGUUCUGUCCUUUCUGAAGGACACAUUAAAUAACUAUACCACAAAGGCCAGUGAUUUCUUCACAGCUGAGUUUCAGUUUUGGCAGAAUGGUGACGCACUAGAUACACGACCUGCCUUCUGCUGAAAGGAUGUCAGCAGCCUUCCAGCUAUUGGAAAUUAUGAAAAAUUAUAAUUCAAGCAUGGCGUCUAGGGCAGCUGUGGCAUGUGGGGCAGUGACCAAACACAGCCUGAUGCUGAGCGGCCGGCCCACGGAGGUGCUGUGUGUUGGCCAGGGACUGCAGGAGGCGCCACAACACCUAGUCCUCUUCAUCCCAGGUAACCCCGGAGUGGCAUCUUACUACAAAAGGACGAUGGAGCAUCUCUACAGUUUGAUGGGUGGUAGUCACUCAGUGUGGGCGGUGUCUCAUGCCGGCCACUGUGUUAACCUGCCCUCCCUCUGGCCAGGCAACCAGCACAUAUACAACCUGGAAGAACAAAUACAGCACAAGAUCACCUUCCUGGAGACACACAUACCAGCCGGGACGAAGCUAACACUCGUGGGUCACUCCAUCGGCUGCAAAAUUAUCUUACGUCUCCUCCAGCAUUUUGAAAACCACCCUAGCAUAUCCAUAACUCAAAGCUACCUUCUGUUCCCUACCAUAGAACGUAUGAAAGUCAGUCCAAAUGGGGUUAAACUAUGGCCUGUUUUAAAGUAUCUACGGUGGUUUGUGGUUAUGUUGGUUUGUGUUGUUUGUAUAUUGCCGGGAAAGAUUUUGGAUGCAUUGCUAAGGUUAUAUUUUGGUAGUUCUACGUAUGAAUGCUGUGUAGACGCCACGAAAGAGUUGCUCAAUCCUCGAGUGGUGCAGAAUAUGCUGUGGAUGGCGCGUGAUGAGCUGGAAAAGGUGGUAGAUCUGGAUGUGGAUGUAUUGAGGAGGCACAGAGAUAAGGUGGUGCUGUAUUACGGUGCAAGUGAUGCGUGGUGUCCAGUGCAGUAUUGGGAGGGAGUGAGGGAACAAGUACCAGGGGUGAGGGCUGAGCUGUGUGACAGAGGAACGCCACAUGCUUUCGUCCUGCGUUAUGCUGAACCCAUCGCAGAAAAGGUUGCGCACUGGAUGGGUUCUUAAGAUUCUGCGUGAUGAUUUAAGGUGGGACUGUUAUGAUUUGGUGGAACUGGUCACAAAACUCCCUUUAGAAAUUAAAUGUUAAGUUUGGGAAGUGUUGACAAGCCUCAUUCUUAAGGUAGUAGAAUUUUUUACGUCAAAAUAUUAGGUGUGAAUGGUGUGUUUUGUUAAGGAUGAUGCAAAACUCACCCACACGAUGAAAUAUAUCAAGUUUGGAAGUGUUCGUAAGUCUCAUUUCCAAGAUAGUUGGAGUUGUAGGUGAGAUUAUAAAAUGUGCGUGUGAGGAGGGAACAGAGUAUUUCUUUAUAUUGGCCAGUGUGUGUGUGUGUGUGUGUGUGU